CUAACUUGUUAUCUUUAUGUUUGUCAGAGCUGAUUCACCGAUGGAGGAGUUUGUGGACGAUGAGAACCAGCAGCAAAUGCUGACACUGGCAGAGAACAACCCAGACAGACUUCAUGAGGUGGUUGGGGUAGAGUUUUUUGAAGAACAGCUUGAUCUUCCCAGCCAACAAGGAGGCAAUGUCUGCCUCUUUGACCAGUGUGGGAAAAGAUUCAGGAGUUUAUCACAUUUGAAGCGUCACACUGCGGAAAAACCCUACUCCUGCAAUGAGUGUGACAAGCGCUUCAGUCAGUCAUCAGACCUGAAACUUCAUCAGCGUAUCCACACUGGAGAAAAGCCCUAUGUCUGCAAUGAGUGUGGAAAGAGCUUCAGUAGAUCAUCAGACCUGAAGGUUCAUCAGCGUAUCCACACUGGAGAAAAGCCCUAUGCCUGCAAUGAGUGUGGAAAGAGCUUCAGUAGAUCAUCAGACCUGAAGGUUCAUCAGCGUAUCCACACUGGAGAAAGGCCCUAUGCCUGCAAUGAGUGUGGAAAAAGCUUCAGUAGAUCAUCAGACCUGAAGGUUCAUCAGCGUAUCCACACUGGAGAAAAGCCCUAUGCCUACAAUGAGUGUGGAAAGAGCUUCAGUAGAUCAUCAGACCUGAAGGUUCAUCAGCGUAUCCACACUGGAGAAAAGCCCUAUGCCUGCAAUGAGUGUGGAAAGAGCUUCAGUAGGUCAUCAGACCUGAAGGUUCAUCAGCGUAUCCACACUGGAGAAAAGCCCUAUGCCUACAAUGAGUGUGGAAAGAGCUUCAGUAGAUCAUCAGACCUGAAGGUUCAUCAGCGUAUCCACACUGGAGAAAAGCACUAUGCCUGCAAUGAGUGUGGAAAGAGCUUCAGUAGAUCAUCAGACCUGAAGGUUCAUCAGCGUAUCCACACUGGAGAAAGGCCCUAUGCCUACAAUGAGUGUGGAAAGAGCUUCAGUAGAUCAUCAGACCUGAAGGUUCAUCAGCGUAUCCACACUGGAGAAAGGCCCUAUGCCUGCAAUGAGUGUGGAAAAAGCUUCAGUAGGUCAUCAGACCUGAAGGUUCAUCAGCGUAUCCACACUGGAGAAAGGCCCUAUGCCUACAAUGAGUGUGGAAAGAGCUUCAGUAGGUCAUCAGACCUGAAGGUUCAUCAGCGUAUCCACACUGGAGAAAAGCCCUAUGCCUACAAUGAGUGUGGAAAGAGCUUCAGUAGAUCAUCAGACCUGAAGGUUCAUCAGCGUAUCCACACUGGAGAAAAGCACUAUGCCUGCAAUGAGUGUGGAAAGAGCUUCAGUAGAUCAUCAGACCUGAAGGUUCAUCAGCGUAUCCACACUGGAGAAAGGCCCUAUGCCUACAAUGAGUGUGGAAAGAGCUUCAGUAGAUCAUCAGACCUGAAGGUUCAUCAGCGUAUCCACACUGGAGAAAAGCACUAUGCCUGCAAUGAGUGUGGAAAGAGCUUCAGUAGAUCAUCAGACCUGAAGGUUCAUCAGCGUAUCCACACUGGAGAAAGGCCCUAUGCCUACAAUGAGUGUGGAAAGAGCUUCAGUAGAUCAUCAGACCUGAAGGUUCAUCAGCGUAUCCACACUGGAGAAAAGCCCUAUGCCUGCAAUGAGUGUGGAAAGAGCUUCAGUAGAUCAUCAGACCUGAAGGUUCAUCAGCGUAUCCACACUGGAGAAAGGCCCUAUGCCUGCAAUGAGUGUGGAAAGAGCUUCAGUAGAUCAUCAGACCUGAAGGUUCAUCAGCGUAUCCACACUGGAGAAAAGCCCUAUGCCUGCAAUGAGUGUGGAAAGAGCUUCAGUAGAUCAUCAGACCUGAAGGUUCAUCAGCGUAUCCACACUGGAGAAAGGCCCUAUGCCUACAAUGAGUGUGGAAAGAGCUUCAGUAGAUCAUCAGACCUGAAGGUUCAUCAGCAUAUCCACACUGGAGAAAAGCCCUAUGCCUACAAUGAGUGUGGAAAGAGCUUCAGUCAUCUAUAUAGUCUGAAGGUACAUCAGCAUAACCACACUGAAGACAAGCCCCACUCCUGUGAUCAGUGUGGGAAGGGUUUCAGUGUGUCAUCACAUCUGAAGCGUCAUCAGCGAAUCCACACAGGAGAGAAACCGUACAUCUGUCAAAAGUGUAGGAGGCGUUUCAGGCACUCAUCCACUUUCAAACGUCACAAGAAUACAUGUAGACGCAUCCCCCGAACCUAAAUGAGCAUUUCCACAAAUGUUUGUUAAAAUAUUUCACAAAACUAUUAAAGUCUUAUCCAAGCAUAUUAAAAUGUUCUAAUUCUAAUUUCGUUUUCAAAUAAAAGCCAUUGACAGAGAAAUGUUUCAGCGCUUACAGAGGGUUUACUUAACCAAAUCUGGUUUGUUCAAAGAAUUUAAACCAGUUGCUCGAACAGAAUACAAAAUACAUCAUAACCACAUAAACGUAACUGCCAAAAGCUAGAUUUCCAAACUAUUAACAUCAAACUCCAGUGACCUCAAAUAAUGGGUAAAAUCAACAAAAAAAGAAAUAAUUACAGCAUUGCAAUGUGUUUUGCUCUCUCAUAACUCUUUCCAGAUGCUGCAGAUGUGAUUAAUCUUAGCAGAAUCGUAUAGUGGACACCCUAGUCCACUUUCUCUGAAACGUGAUUCUGUACUGUUCCCUGGUAAAAAAGGUUCUUUCAGGGCGUGGAAUGAUGUCAGAGUGUUGAAGAACUUUAUUUACAACGAGCCCACAUCGAACUCACACUCUCGCUGGCGAGUAAGGAUGUGGUUCUAAAAUGAAUACAAAUAAGAAAUAACAUAAACAUCUCUUUCACUGGUUCAACAUCUCUCACAUUCAGUAUUACAGAGAACCCCAUACCAGAUUGAGCAUGGACAGAACCAGAUACCAGAAAAAGAUUAUCAUAAUGACAUGACAGGCAUAAACACAGAAUCAUAGUUAAUUUAGGCUAAUUCCCUCAUUUGUGAGUCAACACCACCCUCUAGUAUAUUAAUAAUUAAUAGUAAUAGUAAUUAUUAAUAAUUAAUAUUAAUUAUCACUACAGUGUCAUUAUUUAUCUUUAAAUUUAUUUUAAUGACUGCUAACUACGGUGCACUUUAUCCAAAAACUAUCCAGUAUUUUAUUUUGAGCAUGAACUGCGGUCAUUUCCGUUACGGUCUUUGUUACGGAUCGCU